AUGGUCGGCGUCGCAACAGACUAUAUUAGUGUGGGGGGUAACCGGCAUCCCGGUGCUGCGGAUUGGGAUGUACACACAGGUGUGCUCGCGUUCGGUGCAGACAACAACGUUGCCCUAUGGGAUCCUCUAGACAAGACUAAUCAGGGUAUCUACGCUCUGCUUGUUGGUCAUACCGACAAAGUUAGCGUUGUUCGAUUUUACACAUGCCCCUCCUCAGGAACAAGAUUUAUCGUCACCGGUUCCGUUGACCGCACGAUAAGGGUCUGGCGGAAUGAGAACGCCAACCCACGGAGCUAUGUCCUUGCGUCUAUCCUCGAAGGCCACACGGGUUCUGUGAAUGCGAUUGCUGUCGCUAAUGGAACGGACAUCAUUGCAUCUGGAGCGGCUGAUGGCACGGUUCGGAUCUGGAGAAUAAACGCACAAGAGGAUUCGAAAUGCGAGCUCCUCGAAACGAUCACGAUGACACCACGGUUUUUCCCGCUAACUCUGUCAUUGCAGCGGCUUGAAGGUGACUCGGAUAAGCCGUCAGUACUAGCUGUGGCAGGUACAACGACUAAGGUUCAGAUAUACGUCUCCGAGACCUCCAUCAGUAAGCCUGAAUUCAAGUGCCGCGCUGUGCUUGCAGGACACGAAGCCUGGAUCAAGGCACUUUCAUUCACACAGGAUAAGCAAAGCACCGAAGGCGAUAUAUUGCUAGCGUCUGCAAGUCAAGACAGAUACAUCCGUCUUUGGCGACUGCGCCGGGGUGAAGCAAGUGUGCCUGCUCCGAUAGAUGAAUCGGAUCCUUUGCUCGGAGGCAUGGAACCCACUUUGUCGAACAAAGCCCAUGAGUUUGAGGCUGCAGGAUCAAAAUAUUCUAUUACUUUUGAGGCUCUUCUCUUUGGACAUGAGGAUUGGAUUUAUACUACUGCAUGGAAUCCUGAUCCGAAGCGACAACAACUUCUCUCGGCCUCUGCUGAUAAUACCAUCACGAUUUGGGAACAAGAUCAAGCCUCAGGCGUUUGGAUGUCUGCAGAAAGAAUGGGAGAGAUUAGUGUUCAAAAGGGAUCCACUACGGCGACUGGUAGCGCUGGUGGUUUCUGGAUUGGGCUUUGGUCCCCAGAUGGGAAGCAGGUGGUGAGCCUUGGACGAACAGGUAGUUGGAGAGUCUGGCGACAUGAUUCCGACUCGGAUCUCUGGAUACAGAAAUUCGGCAUUUCGGGCCAUGUGCGUUCGGCGAAUGGUGUCCAGUGGGAGCCCAGUGGGGGCUAUCUUCUUUCUACCAGUUCCGACCAGACUACCAGACUGCACGCAAAGUGGGUGCGGGAAAACACAGGCUCCUGGCAUGAGUUUUCUCGCCCUCAAAUUCAUGGGUAUGAUUUGAACUGCAUUGACACAUUGGGUCCCUCGCAAUUUGUGACCGGUGCGGAAGAAAAGCUCUUACGGGUGUUCAACGAGCCAAAGCCAAUUGCUCAGUUGCUCGAGAGACUGACAGGGUUCAAACAAUCAAAUGAUGAAGAACUCCCAGACACCGCUGAAAUCCCAGUGCUGGGUCUGUCAAACAAGGCGCUUGGGGAUGAGGCGCCGGUGGAAGAGGACGAGCAGAAAGCCCCAGCAGCACCGCCAACUGCUUCUAUCUCGUUAGCUGCUGAUCACCCGCCGCUGGAGGAUCAAUUGUCUCGCUAUACAUUGUGGCCCGAGCAUGAGAAGCUUUAUGGUCAUGGCUAUGAGAUUUCAGCAGUAGCAGUGAGCCAUGAUCGAAAGCUCAUUGCCACCGCCUGUAAGGCCAGCUCGAUCGACCACGCGGUCAUUCGUCUCUAUGAUACGUCGGAUUGGCAUGAGGUCAAACCUUCACUCACUGCGCACUCGUUGACAAUCACCGAUCUUUCAUUCUCAAGUGAUGAUCGCUAUCUGCUUAGUGUUGGGCGAGAUCGGCAGUGGGCGGUCUUCCAACGGAGCGAUACGGACCCAACUACGUUUACAAACCUCACUUUCAACCCCAAGGGUCACUCUCGAAUGAUCCUGGGUGCAGCCUGGGCUCCGGCUACAGCGGACCAUGUCUUUGCCACGGCAGGACGUGACAAAUCCGUGAAGAUCUGGCAAAAGUCCGAAGACACUUUUGUCUGCAAGACGACCGUGGCCCUGACAUCGGCAGUCUCGGCAAUUGCCUUCUUGCCUGCAAUACAUAAAGGCUCACAUGUGAUUGCUGUUGGCGAGGACACCGGUGUCAUUUCUAUCCACCGGGUUGCUGUUGAUACCCUUGAAGCACAGCACGUUGUUACCAUUGACAAAGCGGUCUCUCCCUCGAAGGCAAUUACUCAAUUGUCGUGGCGACCGGUGUCGGCCGCAGAGGCAGAUAGCGCAAACCGGUUCGAAUUGGCUGUGGCAAGCGAAGACACGUCCACACGCAUAUAUGCGAUCUCGAACAUGCUCUCAUGA